AUGCUUCUCUCUUUCAUGAAAAUACCUUUGGUUUUGCUGCUUUGGUGUGCAAGUGUCUUGUUAUGUGAUGUCCAGAGUGCUGCAUUUGUGGAAAAAAGGGGAUCAGUUUUGGAAAUGGUUUUCUUUAUUAAUAUUGUGGGAUGCUUGGUCCCUGGUGGAGCGUGUCUUCUUUGUAGAAGUGGUGGUUGGCGCGAGUUGUGGCAAGCAGCAAUUUUAUUAUAUGAAAGUGCCACUCUUUGGAGACUCUUUUUCGUGGUGAAUUUUGUUAAUGUAUUGGCCACUUAUUUGAUGUUUUCUAGUUUUACAUUUGCGGGUAUGACUCAUGUGUAUGCUAUAAAGACGACUGAGCCUCUCGUUAUGUGCCUUCUUUCUACUGAAAUUGUGCAAAGGGUGAUCCGAGGAUUCUUUGCAGAUGGAAGAAACACAAAAAGCGGUUCUACUGAUAUUGAUCCGUAUCCUAUGUCUACAAAAAUUGUUUCCUCAAGUACAUGGGUUUCGGUUUUCUUUGUGUGUAUUGGCGCUUCUCUAACUUCCGGCUCUUUAAAGCGCAGUGGUGAGAGCUCUCUUGGUGCUGCCGUAAUAAUGUUUACAUACAUUCUUGUUUUUGCUAGUAAUGCUGCCUUAUCAUUGCGAACUACAUUAAUGAAGCCUCUUUUGCACAUAAUUCCAAAUGACGGCACCAUUUUUCCAUCUUGUUUGGUACACUUUUUUGUUCUCUUGCUGAGUUCGAUUACUUUGCUAGGACCUGUUUUGGCAUUUAGAGGAAGAGAUAUUAUGGAGUAUAACGCGGACAUUUGGAGACAAAUAGUAGUUGUGGGGAUUAGUUAUGGAGUGUAUCAGGUUUUUAAUGGCGUGGUUUUAUUUCAUGUUGCCCCUUUGUCCUAUAGCAUUUUAAAACAGGUUCGCGUUAUUUUGGUUUUUUUCUUUUCGGCGUAUUAUUUUGGAAAGGAGUUUGAUAGUGUUUUGCAACUACUUAUGGGCUUAAUUUUAUUGUUUGCUGGAAGUUAUUGUUAUGUAGUGUAUUAG